AUGGUUUCCUCUACUAUCAACUUCUCCGGCCUCAUGUGCCUUUUCCUCGCUCUCGGCCCUGCCACCGUUCUCUCUGCCCCGCAGAUCCCCGGCACCCCCGUUCCUGAUAUCUGGAACCACUCUGAGUCCAGCAACAAAGACGGCAACCACGAUUUCACCGCUGGCAGCGGCAUCAGCGCCGGCAUCCCCGGCGGCCCUCAAACCAACGCCGGCGCAGGAGUUCACUCUUCUCACGACGAUGAAGGCAACCACGAUUUCACUGCUGGCAGCGGUAUCAAUGCCGGCAUCCCCGAUGGCCCUCAAUUCAACGCUGGCGCAGGAGUCCACUCCUCCCACCGUGGUCCCUGCGGCCCUUCUUCUGGCGAUGACUUCGCCGCCGGCAGUGGCUUCAACGCUGGCAUCCCCGGCGGCCCUCAGUUCAACGCAGGCGCCGGAUACGCAGACCACCACGACGGCUACCCUUGCCCCGAGCCCGAGGCUCCUGCCGUGAUCUUGCCCCCCUCCCCCACUGCCAACGUCCCUAUCUACACCCCGGUCCCUAUUGUCCCCACUGCUUCCACCACCACUGCUCCCGCUCCCAUCGUUCCCACCUACACCACCCCCAUCUACAUCCCUCACACCACCCCCGCCAUCUGGAGCCCCGCCGUCCCCAUCAUGAAGCCCUCCGCUCCUCUCAUCCCCCACCCGGCUCCUGCUCCUUCUUCCUCUCCAUCCCCCUCCCCCAUGCCCGCUUUCAACGCAGGCUCGUCUCUGGCCCCUGCUUCCGUUCUCGCCGUUGCACUACCCGUCAUCCUGGCUUUCUUCAACUAG